CACCCUGCUGGGGAACGGGCUCCUGGACACCCUGCUGGGGAAUGGCUCCUGGACACCCUGCUGGGGAAUGGCUCCUGGACACCCUGCUGGGGAAUGGGCUCCUGGACACCCUGCUGGGGAAUGGCUCCUGGACACCCUGCUGGGGAAUGGCUCCGGGACACCCUGCUGGGGAAUGGCUCCGGGACACCCUGCUGGGGAGCGGGCUCCGGGACACCCUGCUGGGGAGCGGGCCCCGGGACACCCUGCUGGGGAAUGGGCUCCGGGACACCCUGCUGGGGAAUGGGCUCCGGGACACCCUGCUGGGGAGCGGGCUCCGUUACCGAGCUCAGCUCGGAGCAGCCCGGUUACCGAACUGACCCCGGGCCGGUCACCGCUGGCUGAGCUGGGGACAGGGGAGAGGUGGUCACUGCUCAGCAGGCCAUGUCGGUUCUUCCAGAUCUUCACCUGCAUUAUGUGCAGACCUGUCAAAAUUUGAGCCAGCCUGAAAACCCCUUCAUUGCUCGUGUGCUUCAAGAAGCUGAUAAAAAUGAUGAAAUAAGUACAAAAGGAAUCACAUUAAAAUUAGCUGGAAAUAAUCAUCUGGUGCCUGUGCCAAGAGUGACAGAUGAUGAUCUUGGAGUUCUUGUCUCUGUCUUAGGCCAAGCUACCUUUGUCACAGGCUUGGAUCUUGCCUAUAAUUUAUUGACUGAUGCUGGAGCAAAGACCAUGGCAACAUUCCUCCAGGAAAACUCCACUCUGCGGUACCUGAACCUGAUGUUCAAUGACAUUGGCACAAGUGGGGCAGAGCUGAUAGCAGGAGCACUCCAUAGCAAUCAAAGUCUUGUGCAUCUGAGAAUGACUGGAAACAAAAUAGGAAACCAAGGUGGGAUGUUCUUUGCUUCGAUGCUGAAAAUUAACUCAACCUUAGAGAAGUUGGAUCUUGGAGACUGUGAUGUGGGCCUGCAGUGUCUGACAGCAACAGCCAUAGCCCUGACUCAAAACAAAUCACUCAAAGCCAUAAACCUAAAUCGUCCUUUGCUAUCCAGCCAACAGGAAGAGUCCACAGUUCAUAUAGCUCGGAUGUUGAGGAGUAAUUCUUCUCUUGUGGAACUACACUUGGGCAAGCAUGAAAUGAAAAGCUUUGGUGUAGAGCAACUGUGUGAAGCCCUGUAUGGAAACUCCAGCCUGAAAUACCUUGACCUUAGCUGUAAUAACAUAAUCUGUGAUGGAGUGAAAUUUUUGGGAAAGCUACUAAAAAAGAACCAAACCCUGGAGAUCCUGGAUCUUAAUGCAAACCGAAUAGAAGACGAUGGAGCCAUUUACCUGAGUGAGGCCUUGUCAACGUGGAACAGGAGUCUGCAGGUGUUGUCUGUUGUAAGCAACAAUAUAACUGGCAAAGGACUUUUAGCACUUGCACAUGCAAUACAAUCCAACAUGAAAAUUUCCCAUAUUUACAUCUGGGGCAACAAAUUUGAUAAAAGCACCCGUGUGGUAUUCUCGGAGCUGAUCGGGAUGGGCCGCCUGGAGCAGGGCUGCACAGACGUGGCUCCCUACGAGGUGGAUGGCGAGGUUUUCCUGGCAGAGAUGUCCCACGGGCUGGGCAAGCACCGCUACUGGGCCCCACGCUGCGCCACCGUGGCCCCCAACGCCGCCAACGCCAGCCUGGCCAUCCUCCCUAUCUCGGAGUAUUUGUGAGUGAGGCAGCAUCCCUGAGCCUGAGCUUUCCCUACUUGGUGUCUAGUAAAAUAGUUUAUAUCAGUA